AUGGCUUCUUCCUCCUCUAUUGAUUUUCCUAGCAUUCAUCAUGUUAUCUCCAUUCAUCUUGAGCGUGAUAAUUAUCCGAUGUGGCUUGCUCAAAUUGUUCAUGUCCUUUGCAGCCACCGCUUGCUCGACUUUGUUGACGACACUUCUCUGUUUCUCACCACCGUAGCUCCCAAGAGUACCGCCCAUGACACUUGGGUGGCUCUUGAAAAUAGUUUUGCUUCUCCGAAUCAGAAUCUUCUUCUUCAACUUCGUAGUGACUUGCUUCGCACAACCCAUGGCGACUCUUCCAUCACUGAUUUCCUUGAUCGUAUUAAAUCGAUUGUCGAUAACUUGGCUCUAGUUAGAGCUUCAGUUGCUGACUCUGAUCUUUUUGCUGUGAUUAUGAACAACGUUGGUCCUCUUUAUGAAAAUAAUGUUGCCUUUACUCAAGCUCGUGAGAAACCCAUCAGUAUGCCUGAUCUUGAGGCUCUCCUCUUGUCUGCGGAAUGUCACCUACAAUCCUCUUCUUCUUUGGUCAUCUUUUCUGGUGCGACGACUCUGAUAGCUUCCUGUGGUGGUUGCAGUGGCCGUGGUGGCUGCGGUUUUGGCCAUCGAGGUGGGUUUGCUAGUAGUGGUCUUGAUCGUCGCAGCUUAUUCUCUCCCUCAAGACCUGGUUUUUCUUCUGGUCCCUAUUCCCUUGGAGCGUCCUAUGACGCCUCUCAUCCUGCCUCACAUCCACAACAUUUUGGUAGCACUUUUGGCCGGGUCCACAUCGUAGCUGUCUGUCCCUACAAGACAUCUUAUGUGCCUCCUCCUCCAUCUUGUCUUCAAGGCAUGACUACAAAUUUCCUUUGCAUGGUGGCCAUCAACAGUGGGUCACUGAUACUAGAGCGAACACUCAUAUUACCAACGAUUGGAGCCACUUAUCCCUUGCUAGAAAGUAUCAUGGUUAUGAUAAUGUUGGAGGUGUACUUGGUGGAACAGGCCCAUGCUGCCCUUGCUUUUGCUCUAGACCAUUCUUCGUUGUUGGACCUGCCUAUCAUCUUCUGUGGCCCAAGUUUGUCUUCCUGCAGCCCACGCCUUCCAGCGUCGCAGCCUCUGCCUAGUCCAUCUUCUCCAGCACCUGACCUUCUCGUCUCCACAGCAACUCAUGCUUCCAGCCCUGUCCAGUCCAUCUAUGUCAUCACCCAUGCCGCACCUGCUCUUGCGCCCACCUCCCCUGCCGUGCCUACUGAUCCCUCAUGCCUUUCUCACCCGCUGGUUAGUCACCCUGUGCCUUCAGCUUCUCGAUUCUCUCAGACCUACACUAGGAACCCCAACCACAAACUUUUCUUCCUGCCUCUUGCUCAUGUUUCAUAUGGUACAUCUUCUUCUCCUAUUUUUGAUACGUCUCUGGUAAGUGACUCCCAUGCUCAUUCGAUGGUUACUCAUGCUCAAACCGGUAUCUGUAAACCCAAUCCUAAAUAUGCUAAUCAUGCGUUGGUUUUAUCUUCUACUAAUGGUACUUUUGAGCCUACCUCUUUUCCACAGGCUAAUAAGCAUCAGGAAUGGCGUCUUGCUAUGGCAGAUGAGUUUAAUGCUUUUCUUCAUGCCGAGACUUGGAAUUUGGUCCCUCUUACUCCCACUAUGAAUGUGUUGCUGAACAAGUGGGUUUUUCGUGUCAAGAGGAAUUCUGAUGGCUCUAUUCAGCAUUACAAGCCUUGUUUAGUGGCCAAUGGUUUUCAUCAACAGCCGGGCCUGGACUGUGGUGAAACUUUUAGUCCAGUUGUUAAUCAUUCUACUAUUCGUCUUAUCUUGGCUCUUUCUAUGCAGUUUGGUUGGAUCGUUCAUCAAUUGGAUGUUGAAAGAUGCUUUUUUGCAUUCCAAACUUGUGGCCGUCGUCUUAGCCUCUCUAAUGGCAAUCCUCUCUCUGAUCUUACUGAGUAUCGUAGUAUUGUUGGUGCUCUUCAAUACUUAACCCUUACUCACCCGAACAUUUCCUUUGCUGUUAAUCAAGUUUGUCAGUUUAUGCACCAACCCACUACUGUUCGUUGGCUCACUGUUAAGCGCAUUCUUCGUUAUCUCAAUGGCACACUUACUCAUGGGUUACUCUAUUCGCCCAGCACCCUUCAUCUCAGUGCUUAUUCUGAUGCCUAUUAUGUUAGGGAUCUCGACGAACGUCGCUCCACUGGUAGCCAUUGCCUUUAUUUGGGUACUAACUUAAUCUCUUGGAGCUCCAAAAAGCAACUCGGUGUCUCCCGCUCCAGUACUAAGUCGGAGUACCGUCAACUUGCCUACACUACCGUCACUCUGUCUUGUGCUCUCUCUUUUGCCUCGAAUCCUGUGUUUCACUCUUACACUCACCAUGUUGAGGUUGAUUAUCAUUUUGUUCGUGAAAAUGCGGUGCACAAUGAGUUGCUUGUUGCUUAUUGCUCUACUGUUGAUCAAAUUGCUGAUAUCUUCACUAAGGGUCUAUCUCCUGCUUGGUUUUCUUUCCUUCAGUCCAAGCUGCCUGUGCUCCCUCGCCCCGUCAGCUUGCGGGGGUCUGACAGCAUAACUUUAAACCAGUCCCUCAGUACUUAUGCUGGGACUUUAACUUGUUUGGGUGAAAGAUUUAAACUAGGCUUCUUUUCUCCGCCCAACUCCAAGAACAGGUACUUGGUGAUAUGGUACAAGAGUACACCAAGCAAAGUUGUGUGGGUUGCAAACAGAAACAAUCCACUUACUGGUUUAUAUGGGAAUCUGACUAUCAGCAACGACGGAAACUUUGUUCUUCUCAAUCGAAAUGGGAGCAGCAUUUGGUCUUCAAAUAUAUCAAGAAUCCCAAAAAGUUCAGUUGUACAGCUCUUGGACUCUGGAAAUCUUGUUCUAAAGGACAAUGUUAGCACAAGUUCUGGAAGUUACUUAUGGCAGAGCUUUGAUUAUCCAUCUGAUACAUUGUUACCAGACAUGAAGAUAAGCUGGAACAUAAACACCGGUUCAGAACGGUAUUUGACAUCAUGGAAAAACACUGAUGAUCCAUCUACUGGCAACUUCUCUUAUAAAAUUAAUAUGAAAGGGUUACCACAAUUAGUUGUUGUCAUGGGAUCAAUCAUAAAGUUCCGUACAGAGCCAUGGAAUGGAGUUCGAAUCAAUGGUCUUCCCAGGCCAGCCAACUCUGCUUUCCAUCAAAUUAUGGGAUUUAAAGAAGAUGAGUGGUAUUACAAGUUUGAGCCUAAUAAGAAUGUGGCUGCCUCAUAA